GUCAGAUUAAGGGGACACAGCACACAGCCCCAGCCCUCUGGUCUCUAGAUACUGUUUGGCCACUCACUCCAAGGACCUGUCCUUAUUGUGGGGGUCUGGGGGAAGGCAUUCAGCAAUCCCCUUUCUUCUUCCUUCCCAGCAGUCUCGCCCUGGAACAUUCGGCCUCCAGGGAGCUCCUGUGUAACUGUAAAGGCCUGGUUUCCUUUGUGUCUGCCCCACGCACCUUCCUGAAACCUGGGAGCGCAUUAGCAGGGCCACAGAACACAUCUCCGACCCAGAUACAAAAUGGUGAUCACUGGGAGACAAGGACCUCAGAGCAGCCAUGAAAAACAUUUUAUUAAACUCUGAGCAGGAGAGGAUGGAAGGACUUCCAAAGAGCAGAUAUGGAGUUAUGGCUGAAGGCAGUGGAGAAGAUACCCAGUUGGCAUCAAAUUCCUCACUGAGGGUCAUCCUGGUGGGGAAAUCUGGUUGCGGAAAAAGUGCCACUGGGAAUAGCAUCCUCUGUGAAACUAUGUUUGAGUCCAGGCUGGCGGUCCAGCCUGUGACCAGGGAGUGCCAGGAGGCCACAGGCAAGUGGAAUGGAAGGAACAUCCAAGUGGUUGACACACCCUCCAUCUUUGAAGCCAAGGCCCAGGGCCAAGAGAUGUACAAGGACAUCGGGGACUGCUAUCUGCUCUCAGCCCCAGGGCCCCAUGUGCUUCUGCUGGUGACACAGCUGGGGCACUUCACUGCCCAGGACAUGGUCGCAGUGAGGAGGGUGAAGGAGGUCUUUGGGGCAGGAGCCAUGAAACACGUGGUGGUCAUCUUCACCCACAAGGAGGACUUAGGAGACGGGUCCUUGGAUGACUAUGUAGACAAAACGGACAAUCACAGCCUGCAGAGCCUGAUCCAGGAGUGUAAAAAUAGGUAUUGUGGCCUCAACAACAAGGCUACUGAGAAGGAGCAGAGGGAGCAGCUGAAGAAGCUGAUGGCUGUGGUUGAGAAGUUGGAGAGUGAUAAUCAGAGUCACUUCUACACAAACGACCUCUUCCUCUAUGCAAAGAUGCUCCAGGGAGGCAGCGAUGGCACCCCAGAAGAGCACAGGUGCUAUCUGACCAAAGUUCAAGUGCACAUUGAAAAGCAAAAGCAAGACCUGAAAGUGCUUGAAAAUCAAGAUUCACAACUGCGACUUGUCUUAGUGGGUAAGACUGGAGCUGGAAAAAGUGCCACAGGAAACAGCAUCCUUGGAAAGAAAGCAUUUAAUUCCAGCAUUGCAGCAAAAUCCAUCACCAAGGCCUGUCAGAAAGAGAGAAGCGUGUGGAAUGGGAGAGAAAUAGUCGUCGUGGACACACCUGGCAUUUUUGAAACGGAAGUACCAGAUGCUGACACACAAAGGGAGAUUGCUAAAUGUAUCCUCCAGACCUCCCCCGGGCCUCACGCUGUGCUCCUGGUGGUCCCGCUGGGCCGGUACACAAAGGAAGAACAAAAGGCUGUGGAGAAGAUGCUGUCAAUGUUUGGACCCAAAGUGAGGAAAUACAUGAUUCUCUUAUUUACCCGGAAAGAUGACUUGGAUGGCAUGGAGCUCCGUGAUUACUUAAAGGAAGCACCAGAAGGCAUUCAAGAUCUGAUGAAGCAGUUCAAGGAUCGCCACUGUGAGUUCAACAAUAAGGCGACAGGGGCUGAGCAGGAGGAUCAAAGGACACAACUGCUGGACCUGGUCCAGCGCGUAGUGAAGCAGAACAAGGGAGGAUUCUACACUAAUAAGAUUUACCAAAGAGCAGAGGUGGAGAUUCAGAAACAGAUUCAAGCUAUACAAGAAAACUACAGAGCUCGGCUGAAGAAAGAGAAAAGGCAGUUAAAAGAGGAGUAUGAAGAGAAAAUCAGAAAGCUAGAGGAUACAUUAGAGCAGGAAAUGAAAAAGGCAGAAAUGGAGAGGGAAUUUGAAGAAAGGGAGAAAUACUAUUUGUUCAUGCAGCAAAAUGCUAGAGGUGAAGUUGAGAGUCAGAAAGGGAUGCUUGAUUUAAUCUUGAAAGGAUUAAGAGUAAUCUGGAGAGAAAUCUCAUCUCUGUUCAAGGAAGAUUAGGCUAAUGAAAAUCUGUCUAAAUUUCCUGUAUGUUUUCAGGUGCGUCUGCCCCAUAUAACUAAUUCCCUAAAGUCAGAACUCUGUUUCUGUCUCUCAGGCUCUCAGACUGGGGCGUGUAGUAAACUUCAGUCAUAGAAAUUGGGUUACUUUUGGUUGAGGUAAGAGGAAAGGAAAACAUCCUCAAUUUGUAAAACUCCAAAGCAGAAAGUAUGGAUGCUCCCUAUCUUCUGAAUUCUCAAAGACAGAGAGAAAAUGAAUGCAGGAGAUCAAAAGACCAUGACCCCAUGCAUUCUCUAUCCUUAGUAAAGUUUCCUCCUCUAAAUUGGCACAUAAUCUCCACCCGUGGCUCCUACUCCUUAUUUUUAUCUUUAGGAUCACAAUGCUCAUUUUACAGAUGUGGUUAGAGAAAUCAAUUCUUUGCCUUAGAUAAUCUAUAGAUAGAGAUGUUUAUAAAAUUCUAUCUAUAUAUACAUAAAUUUGUUGAAUUUAAUUUUUAUGGAAGGACUAAAAUUGUUCCUUAUUAUCUGCCCACUAGAGAACAAAGAUUUGUCUGGAAAAUGUUUUUCAGUACUCAAAUAAGUGAAAUGCUAGAAAGAGCAAAAGACAAGAGAUUCAACUGCUAAGAGAACAAUGUUCAGUAUAUUCAGAUGUUUCUGUAGAAAGUUGUUGAGCAAACUCAAUGUAAUCACUUUGCUGAAUAACUAGUUCUCCUCUUCUUGUGAAACUAACUGUUGCCACCACACCUCUAUCACACCACACCUUGAUUACUUACUGCUAGGUGUAUCAUCCCCACACUGCUGCCUCCACUCAUUUGAAUUGUUUGCUCAUUGUUCCCAUAAUAAAAUGUUUCUAUUCUC